AUUCUCUGUGCCUCGACGCGGGUGUGUGAGGGAUCAGAGGAGGACUCAGGGAAGCAGACGCGCAGCGGAGCCUAGUGUGGUCCCUUAACGACAUAAUUCAUGCCAUCGCCGUUUUUUUCAGCGGUCCGUUUAUUUCACCCUGGAUGCGGAACAGUUAAUCAAGUCAUAGAGAACGAGCGCAGUCGAUUACCACCCGGAAUAACGCACACGGCGUGACCUUGCGUUGAAUGUCAUUUUAGACGGAUUUUUUUUAAAGCACCGACACGGUAAGGUCAUUGGCCGCAGAGAUGGAGAUAGUCAGACAUUUAAUUAAUGACACCAUAGAGUUCUACAAAUGGACCCUAACCAUUGCAGACAAGCGAGUGGCGAAAUGGCCUCUGAUGAACAACCCCCUGCCCACGCUGGCCAUCAGCACCUCCUACCUGCUAUUCCUCUGGCUGGGGCCCAAAUACAUGAAGAACAGAGAGCCCUUCCAGCUCCGCAAGACCCUCAUUGUCUACAACUUCAGCAUGGUCUUUCUCAACUUCUUCAUCUUUAAAGAGCUGUUUAUGGCAGCGCGGUCAGCGAGCUACAGCUACAUCUGUCAACGGGUGGACUAUUCAGAGGACCCCAAUGAAGUCAGGGUGGCAGGAGCUCUGUGGUGGUAUUUCAUCUCUAAGGGCAUCGAGUAUCUGGACACGGUGUUUUUCAUCCUGAGGAAAAAAUUCAACCAGGUUACUUUCUUGCAUGUCUACCACCACUGCACCAUGUUCACUCUCUGGUGGAUCGGCAUCAAAUGGGUGGCAGGAGGACAGUCGUUCUUUGGGGCCCACAUGAACGCAGCCAUCCACGUCUUGAUGUAUCUGUAUUAUGGCCUGGCCUCCUGUGGACCUAAGAUCCAAAAGUACCUGUGGUGGAAGAAGUACUUGACCAUCGUCCAGAUGGUCCAGUUCCACGUCACCAUCGGCCACACAGCCUUGUCCCUCUACGUCGACUGCGACUUCCCCCACUGGAUGCACUACUCCCUCAUCUGCUACGCCAUCACCUUCAUCGUCCUCUUCGGCAACUUCUACUACCAGACCUACCGCCGCCAACAGCCCAGACGUGACGCCUCCUCCUCCUCCAAAGGGGGCAAGGCCCUCUCUAACGGGACCCUCAACGGGCUCGGCAAGGCCGCCAACGGAGCAGUGGUGGCGGGGAGCAAAGAGGAGAAGCCCCAGGAGAGCUCUGGGAGGAGAAAGAGGAAAGGAAGAGCUAAACGAGAUUAGAGAGAGGCGGAGGUGAGGUAGGGCCUUGCUUUGGGUUCUGGGUUGAUAGUGCUAAAACAUGAAAGACUUCAUUUGAGCAAGAUUUAGAUGGAUGGAUGCGUUAAGGUGUGAUGUGUUUAUUUAAGCCAUGAUCUGAGUUGUUGUAGAUAAAUUAUGAGACAGGCUUGUGUUGAGAGAGGAUCAUUUUGUUAGUGAGAGGUGUUAAAGGUCAUGCCCAAGGUGUCACACAUAACCUAAAAUACAGUAGUGUAUGGUUCGGGAUAGAUCUUAGUAUUCCUUCUCUUUAUGGUGGUGCCACGGAUCUGGUUCAAAAAGUGACUUUCAGCUACUUAAAACUGAGCCUGGAAAGGAAACCAAGACCAUUUGGCAUGCUGGGAAAGCUACAUCAAAUGUUCCUGAGCUGCUAAAUGAUAUACCGUUCAUAUUGUUACUGCUGUAUUGAGACAGGAAUACACAAAACGCACACAAACAUGCCAAUUUAUAUUUGAGCUCAUCAUUUUUUUUGUUGUUGUUCACCUUUACAGAUAUAAAGCUGAUGAUGAUGUACAGUAUCAUGUCAUUUUGACCUCAUCGUAUUCACGUUUUUAUUGAUGUUACGUGAGAGAAACUUACGUUUACAGUUCUUGUUUACUGAAUAGACACCUCGGUACGGCAGUCCUCCACUUAUUUGUGAACACGCACUUGUCUUAUUUUUUCUUAUUUAUUUGAAGUUGUGGACUCAGCUGCCAGUCACUUUUGAGCUGCACAGUUACAUUCUAAACAAGGAAAGCAAAUCAAUAUCCAGAGGUGAGAUGUACAUAGAAAUAGAAAUGAAAGAUUUCUAAUCCUUUGAGACUUGGAUGGGAUUGUUCCAGCACUGGUUUAUGAUGGAAUAAUCAUCAACUGUAUCUCAGAGAAGGUUACAACUUAGAUUUUCUAUUUCUGUACAUAACCAUAGCAGGUUUUAUAUAUCCCUACUUGUAUGUAAUGCUUUGAAAUGUAAUGAAUAUCAUCCAGAGAAAUGGUGGAUCUGAUGAUUAUAUCAACGUUCCCCCGUUUUGACAGAAAAGCUGGUGGAGUUUUGUCUUUGCAGAUGUGUACCUGUCUUUUUCUAUUAUAUCUGACGUCAUUGUUCGUCUUAACAUGCUGGUGAAAAUGUUGUGUGCCGAACAAAGAAGUGGUGGUAGAGAAUUCAGAAGUAACCGCCAGUUUUUAUCAAGUUAACUGAGUCUACCUUGAGUACCAUUUCUUCCCAUAUUCAAUCAAAUAUCUUUUUGUGUCUAUGUUUUCAGACUUAAUGUCUGUCCUGAUCUGGCUUGAAUGUAAAUUUAU